GUGCGCCACUAGCAGAGCGCCCGGAUCAUGACGCGCUUGCUCCGUACCGGAGCGACCUUGUUGGUCGGUGCGAGUUUUGGAGCUUCAGUGAGCCGCCUUCUGGGCGUCAGAGGCCGGGAAGAGGAGGAAGAGGAAGCCGGUGCUCCUCUGGGUCUACUGGGCAGAGUGCCGGUGCUCCCCGUAGCGAGAGUCCAGGCCUCCGAGCUGACGGUGAGUCCGGGUGGGUCAGGAUCGGUGAUGAAGUAUGGAUUUCCCUCAGUGGCCAACAUCAAAACCAGAGAGUCCUAUGUUUCCUCGUACGACCCCCGCACACGCACUCCAUCCUGGGUAAUAGAGAGGCUUACCCCAGCCUCCCUGAACGGGCCGUCAGACAGGAAGUACUGCAACUUCAAAGAGGACGAAAGCAUCCACAUCUUUCACAGGGCGACCAACGCAGACUUCAAGGGGAGUGGCUUUGACAGAGGUCACAUGGCAGCGGCAGCCAAUCACAGGUGGAGUCAGAAAGCAAUGGAAGACACCUUCUACCUGAGCAAUGUGGCCCCACAGAACCCUCAUAUGAAUCAGAACACCUGGAACAAUCUGGAGAAACUGUGUCGCUCUCUAACCAAACAUUACCUCAACAUCUACGUCUGUACCGGACCGCUCUACCUGCCCAGUCAGCAGGCUGAUGGGAAACUCUACGUCAGGUAUCAGGUGUUAGGACGAAACCACGUCGCUGUGCCGACGCAUUUCUUCAAGGUGCUGAUCCUGGAGAAGGUAGAUGGAAAGGGGGUGGAGCUUCGAUCAUAUGUUUUACCCAAUGAACCAAUAGACGAGAAGAUUCCUCUGGAGCGUUUCCUGGUUCCCAUAGAAACCAUCGAGAGAGCUUCAGGACUUCACUUUGUUCCGAACAUCAUGAAGAGGACCAGCAGCCUGCAGGCCAUCACUGCCAGAUGAGCUCCAUUACCCAUGAUGCACUUAUUUAUCUCUUUAAACAGAUCCCCUGUUCACUGUAGUUGUUUGAUAAUGAACCAAGUUAGUUGAUCCCUACUGGAGAACCAAGUGAUCACAUGAUCGGGUGAUCAUGUGACUGAUAUAACCAUCUAAUGUGAUCACCGUGUGAUUCUGUUUAUAAAUGAUGAACGUGUCACUGUAUUUAAAUACUUGUUAGUUUAGGACACUCAAUGGUUUGUGUUAAUAGAUUACUCUGAACACCCAUUGCUUUUGUGCCUUAAUUUAAACCAUAUGGUACAAUUUUGAUCUCAAUAUUUGUCUACUAAUGACAAUAACAAUGAAUAACAAAGUAUUUUAAAAUAUUGUAUCUUCACUCAGAAAGGAAACCAUAAUAAAUAAUAUACAUGUGAUUA